UGAUUGCGAUCUUUCAAAACUUUUAAAGCAUCGGCGCGUCCAUUUUUUUGCGACUGUACGAAAAAACGAAAAAUGUCGGACAAUCAGGGACGUGGAUAUAGACGUCCAUUCGGGGCAUUAGAUGAACCUUUCGAGCAACCUGGAUCUAGUACAACUGAUAAAAGAGAGGAGCCGCGUGCAAAGAUUUUCAAAGGACCUUCUGAGGCUUCCACAUCGGGUCGGUCAAGUGGCACUUCAGCCACUCGUGGUCCGACACAGGAACGGCAGCACUUGGAUCGCUAUGAUAUUGUGAAGACCCGUCCAGCUGAUGUCGUGUCGAAGAAAGGCCAUGAGGGAGAGCCUAUUCGAUUGCAAUCAAACUUCUUUCGAAUACAGACCAAGCCAGAGUGGCGCGUAGUUCACUACCAUGUCGAUUUUGAGCCUGAGUUGGAAAAUAUACGCGUGCGUAUGGGCAUUCUCUCAAAUCACGCUAAUAUUUUGGGAUCCGGCUAUUUAUUUGAUGGAAAACAACUGUUCACAAACAAAAAAUUUGAGAAGGAGCUAACUGUGCUGUGUGGACAAUCAAAAAUGGGUAUUGACUACAAAAUCUCCGUAAAGUAUGUUGGAGUUAUAUCGAACGCAGAACCCCGGUUUUUGCAAGUUCUAAACCUUAUUUUGCGCCGCUCCAUGAAAGGACUAAAGCUUGAGUUGGUUGGACGCAAUCUUUUUGAUCCUCUCGCAAAGAUACCGAUCCGAGAAUUUCAAAUGGAACUCUGGCCAGGAUACGAAACCUCGAUCCGACAACAUGAAAAAGAUAUUAUGCUGUGUACUGAAAUAACACAUAAAGUUAUGCGCACUGAAACUGUGUAUGAGAUACUGAGACGUUGUUCUAAUAACCCUUCACGCCAUCAAGACGAGUUUCGCGUGAAUGUUCUAGAUUUAGUUGUUCUUACAGAUUAUAACAACAAAACAUAUCGCAUUAACGAUGUAGAUUUUGCACAAACCCCAAAAUCUACAUUUAGCUGCAAGGGGAAAGAUGUUAGUUUUAUCGAGUACUAUCUGACUAAAUAUAACAUACGCAUUCGUGACCACAAUCAACCCUUGUUAAUUUCAAAAAAUAGGGACAAGGCUCAGAAGACCAAUGCCAAUGAACUCGUAGUCCUUAUUCCAGAACUAUGCCGGGUUACGGGACUAACUGACAAUAUGCGUUCAAAUUUUCAACUGAUGCGCGCAAUGUCUGAUCACACACGCAUGAAUCCCGACCGCCGUAUUGAUCGUUUGCGUAGAUUCAACAAUCGUUUGCAAACCACUGCAGAUAGUGUGAAAGUUCUAAAAGACUGGGACAUGAAACUCGAUGGAAAUCUUACAGAAGUACAGGGACGUAAAAUUGCACCGCAGAAAAUUGUCUUUAAUCAAUCAAAAUGUUCUGCUGGCGAAACAGCUGAUUGGACAAGAUGCUUCCGUGACCAACGUAUGCUCACUACUCCCAGUGAUGGUCUCGACCGUUGGGCCGUAAUUGCACCGGAGCGCAAUUCGUUUGACCUUAAAAAUUUGCUUGAAAGUUUGUUUCGAGCAGCUUCUGGUAUGGGAUUCAAAAUAAGAAGCCCCCACGAAAUAAAAAUUUACGAUGAUCGCACUGCGACAUAUGUGCGAGCUAUGGAUGAGUGUGUUCGCAUGGAUCCAAAAUUAAUCUUGUGUUUUGUUCCCAACAACAAUGAAGAAAGAUAUUCUUCUAUAAAAAAGAGAGGCUGUAUUGAUAGAGCCGUUCCUACUCAAGUUGUGACUGUAAAAACUGCAAAAAAUCGAGGCCUAAUGAGCAUUGCAACCAAAAUAGCAAUUCAAAUUAAUUGUAAAUUGGGUUAUACACCAUGGAUGAUUGAGUUGCCGCUUUCCGGUUUAAUGACCAUUGGCUUUGACAUUGCCAAAAGCGCACGUGACCGCCGCAAGGCUUAUGGUGCUUUAGUUGCUUCAAUGGAUCUCCAGCGGAAUUCAACUUACUUUAGCACGGUAUCAGAGUGCAGUGCCUUUGAUGUGCUGUCUAAUAACCUUUGGCCAAUGAUUGCUAAGGCCCUUAGACAAUACCAGAGAGAGCAUGAUAAGUUACCAGCACGCAUACUAUUCUAUCGUGACGGUGUUAGCGCAGGAUCUUUGAAGCAGUUGUUUGAAUACGAAGUGAAAGAUAUUGUGGAAAAGCUUGAUACUGAAUAUAAGCGUGCCAAUAGUGCUCCACCGAUGCUGGCAUACAUUGUGGUCACUAAAUCUUGCAACACACGUUUCUUUAACAACGGUAGAAAUCCCCCCCCUGGAACGGUAGUAGAUGAUAUUGUGACUCUGCCCGAACGAUACGACUUCUACUUGGUGUCACAGACGGUUCGCCAAGGAACCGUUUCGCCAACGAGCUACAAUGUGCUCUACAGCAACAUACGUCUCAGCCCUGAUCAAAUCCAAAAGCUCACAUAUAAGAUGUGCCAUCUCUACUAUAACUGGUCGGGAACUACACGUGUACCUGCUGUUUGCCAGUAUGCUAAGAAACUAGCUACCCUAGUAGGUACCCAUUUGCACGCCAUUCCACAGAGUGCGCUUGAGAAAAAGUUUUUCUAUUUGUAAAUUAACUCCACUACGAUUUUGAUCGUAGAUAUGAAGGGAGCAUAUUUAAGUUUUGUACUUCGAAUGUAACAUUUUUAUUUUACUUUAUAUCUUAAGUGGAAAGUUAAUUAAAGUUAUGCUCAUUAGCAAUGUAAAAGUAUUUAAAAUCUCUUUAAGUUACGGGAUAAAUGCUUAAAGGAAAGUAGCUUGUUAAUCGAAAAGU